GAGAGAAAAAAAAAAAGAGAACCUAGCCAUGCCUUGGAAAACCGAAUCCGAAUCUGCUCUGCUCUGCUCUAUCCAGUUGCUGCUCUUGCCGAUUGUGGGUGCAAAUUCCUUUGAAUUUUCGGUUCCUGAUCGUUCUGUCAGUUUAGCAUUGAGAUCGAGUCUUCGGUUUUAUGCGAGUGAGGAAACGAAACCGAGGACGGGGAAACCACGGGAAGUGACGAGUUAGAAGACUAGCCAUUUCGAGAUUGAUAUAGAUUUAGAAAUAAAUCAUGCUCUUGUAAGCUAGAGUGUAUUUGGAGAUUUUAUGAUAUCAGAGUAGAUUUUAAAAUUU